AUGCCCGAGACCCCGCAGUCAGAAGUCGAUGUGCCUGCCACCCAAAAGGAAGCUGACACACCGGGGCCCACUUCGCCUCUCCCUGAGUGCACCCAGCCCGCGCUGGAAAAGGAUACGAGUUCCAAUCCCGAACCCAGCCAGGCCACAGCCGCACCGCCAGUCGCCCCGGCAACCACACCGGACAAGGGUACGAGUUCCAACCCCGAACCCAGCCAGGCCGCAGCCGCACGACCAGUCGGUACGAACACAACCACGCCGGACAAGGGUGCGAAAUCCGAUCCCAAACCCAAGACCCCAGCCCCUUCCAAAGCAAGUGCCCCGGAGCCUCAGAAGCCAAAGGUGAUCGCCCAGCCCAAAAAGAUGAGCAAAGCAGAGCCGGAUGAUGAGGACUACGAGGCCCCGGUGGAAGACUUCCCACCUCCUGCUGCCAUAACCAAGGCCACUCUUAUGAAGAGGCUGGCACGCAUAUGUGCAGCCAAAGAGGAUGGGACCUACAAGGUGCCAUUGGAAAUCAUCCAGAGCCAAAAGAAUCUGGAAACACGUGAUGAAGUGUACCGUGCCUUUGAGAAAUGUGGCUGUGACCCCGUUUCGCCGCCACGCUUGGCAACAGUACUCUUCACAAAGAGGGUCAACCGGAAGUAUGAAGAGAUCAAUGAGAAGAUGGUAGAGACGGAGUUCGAAUUCCUCACUGAGCAAGAGAUGGAAGAGAAAGGAUGGUCUGAGAAAUCCGAGUACUGCGACGACUGGAUGUACUGGGUAGCUGUGCGAGUGAAAGGAUCCAACAAGAAGACGAAGCGAAGCACCGUCAGCGAGAUCCUGGAGGGUGCCGACCAAGAGCCCAUGCAGGAUCCUGAGGAAGCAAUGGUGGACUUCCCUUUCGAACUUGAGGGAGAUGGAGCUAAGAAGCAAAGGGAAGGUGAUGACGAAGAGGGGGACAGCGACUCCAGCGACGAUGGUGAGGAAGCUGCUCGCAUCCUCAAGAAGAUCGCAUUCCCGGAGAUCUCGAAGAAACCUCAGGAUGCCAGCAUGCUGGUGACCGGGUGCUUGCAGAAGCGAGUUGGCAAGCUCGAGGCUGUCAUGGAUAGGAUGUGCCCGGAUGGUGCAACAAAGACCCAGCUCACCCCGGCCCAAGAAAAGAACCUCGCCUAA